AUGCAAAGACAGUCUCUAGGUUCUCCAGGAACCAAGCUCCACAAUCAUGGAGGAACCGACACUCUUUUAACAAACGACACUAAACUAGUAUUCAAAGACCUACCUUCUACUUCACUCACACCUGACCCCGACGACUUAGAUCACAAAUCAACAAUACCACGCCGAUUCUCCUCACCUUCUUCUUCUUCAUUGUCAGUACUUUCAUCUCCAUCUUCAAACCCAGAGAAACUCAUUCACCUUAUUCCUCUCCUCACCCUCUUUUGUUUCCUUGUCCUCUUCCUUGUCUCGCAUAACCCCUCUCAAUCAGAUUUGGCUCAGUUUAAUGGAUUCAAGCGAUUCUCUAACCAUAUAGAAGAAGCGACUGAGACUAUUGGUGGACUAGAUGAUAAAGUCCGAAGAGGCGAUGUCUUGGCGAUUCGCAGUUUCAGGAACUUGCAAGAGAUUGCUGCCGACAAACGCGCCUCCCUUAAAUCUCGCUCUCACCGAAAAUUCGCCAAUUUCUAA